CCCGCGCCCACUCUUGAGGAGACCUCAGCUCAGGGCUGCCCUUCACCACCCGCCCAAUUCUGAAGCCAGGCUCCGACCCGCUUCUGCACUGCCCAGCCAGCUCGGAGUCCUGGGCCGGGUCGGGCGCCCCACCGCGGGUCACCUAGCCUCCUACGCCUUCCCACUACGGCGUGCCUCAGAGCUGACCCGCGAGGCGGGCCCUGUGGCCUAAGCCCAGACCCAGAGCCCGUCAUGGCCUCACGCCUAGGUAUGAUUGGCGCUGGCGGGUCUGAGGCAGCGAGAGGAACUCACGAGCUUGUCCCUUGGUAAAGGUCAGCAAAAGCGGUCCGCGGCUGGUGCUCCGCACGCACGCACGCACGCGCACUGUACACUGUGCCCCGCCCCCUGCGCCGGGCUGUCUUCAGGUUCUCCGCCUGACUCUGUGAGCGACUAAGGACUGUAUGUCAGCCUACGAUGACCUGACCGCCUUCCUGGGCGAGUGGGGCCCCUUCCAGCGCCUCAUCUUCUUCCUCCUCAGCGCCAGCAUCAUCCCCAAUGGCUUCACUGGUUUGUCAGCCGUGUUCCUGACAGCGAUCCCGGAGCACCGUUGCCGCAUACCGGACACUGUGAACCUGAGCAGCGCGUGGCGCAACCGCAGUAUCCCGUUGGAGACGAAGAACGGACGACAGGUGCCCCAGAAAUGUCGCCGCUACCGACUGGCUACUAUCGCCAACUUCUCCGCACUAGGAUUGGAGCCGGUACAGGACGUGGACCUGGAGCAGCUGGAGCAGGAGAGCUGCCUGGAUGGCUGGGAGUACAGCAAGGACAUCUUCCUGUCUACCAUCGUGACCGAGUGGAACCUGGUGUGUAACGAUGACUGGAAAGGCCCUCUCACCACCUCCUUCUUUUACGUGGGUGUGCUCUUAGGCUCCUUCAUUUCGGGACAGCUCUCAGACAGGUUUGGUCGGAAAAAUGUGCUGUUUUGGACCAUGGCUAUGCACACAGGGUUCAGCUUCCUGCAAGUCUUCUCUGUGAACUUCGAGAUGUUUACUGCGCUGUAUACCCUUGUUGGAAUGGGUCAUAUAUCCAACUAUGUGGCAGCAUUUGUCCUGGGAACAGAAAUUCUCUCCAAGUCAAUUCGAAUUAUAUUCGCCACCUUAGGAGUGUGCAUAUUUUUUGCAUUUGGCUACAUGGUGCUGCCUCUUUUUGCAUACUUCAUCAGAGACUGGCGGAUGCUGUUGCUGGCAAUCACUUUGCCAGGAGUGUUGUGUGGGCUUCUCUGGUGGUGUAUCCCUGAGUCCCCCCGAUGGCUCAUCUCUCAAGGCCGGAUUAAAGAGGCAGAGGUGAUCAUCCGCAGAGCUGCCAAAAUCAAUGGAAUUGUUGCACCUUCCCCUAUCUUUGAUCCAAAUGAGUUACAAGAUGCAGGUUCCAAGAAGCCUCACAAACACCACAUUUAUGAUCUGAUCCGAACCCGGAAUAUCAGGAUCCUCACCAUCAUGUCCAUAAUCCUGUGGUUGACCAUAUCUGUGGGCUAUUUUGGACUUUCUCUUGACACUCCUAACUUGAAUGGGAACAUCUACCUGAAUGGCUUCCUUUUGGCAGCUGUUGAAGUCCCAGCCUAUGUGUUGGCCUGGCUGUUGCUGCAGCAUGUGACCCGGAGAUAUUCCAUGGCUGGUUCCCUUUUCCUUGGUGGCAGUGUCCUUCUCUUAUUGCAGCUGGUGCCCUCAGACUUAAUUUAUUUGUCUACUACCCUGGUGAUGGUGGGCAAGUUUGGAAUCACGUCUGCCUAUUCCAUGGUCUACGUGUACACAGCUGAGCUGUACCCCACUGUGGUCAGAAAUAUGGGUGUGGGGGUCAGCUCCACAGCAUCCCGCCUUGGCAGCAUCCUGUCUCCCUACUUUGUUUACCUUGGUGCUUAUAACCGCCACCUGCCUUACAUCCUUAUGGGAAGUCUGACCAUCACGACAGCUCUCAUCACCUUGUUCUUCCCAGAGAGCUCUGGUGUCUCUCUCCCAGACACCAUUAACCAAAUGCAAAAGGUCAAAAGAGUAAAGCGUGGGCCACGCCAGAAACAAGUCACCAAAAAUGUUGUAGAAGCCGCUCCAGAAUCCUAAAAAGCACAGCCUUCUAACACCCCUCCAGAAGGUAGAAAAUCUGCAUGUUGUCAGAAACGCUGUCAAUUACGAAGGGCUUUUCUGUUCUGUUGACAUCGUGUCUAAUGUACUCAUGGAUGGGUGCAUCUGUCCAGAGAGACACCUUCCUCCAGGGACACCAAGGCUAAUUGCAGACAGCUUGCCCAUCCCAUUCUAGUG